UCCUCUAACCGCUUUUUUUACCAUCCUAUUUAUUGAAGCGCUGUGAUUCCCCUAGUGAUUUUUUUUUUUUUUUUUUUUUUUUUUUUGCUGAUUCCCUCAGUGAUAAAACAAAUCAGAACUCGAGCAACGGAGCGGAGGGCUCCGCCCUCGCGCGAAACACUUUAAAAAGUGCGCUGUGAGCGCAGACCUGCAGCUCAGAGCCGGUCAUCCUGUCCAAGACAGAAAAAGAGCGAGAAAAAGAGAGAGAGCGAGAGAGAGAGAGAGAAGACGAGAAGGACAAGAAGUCCCGCGCGCGCGUCCCACUGCAGCGCGCGCUCUUACCCCAAGGAAAGAAGUCUACUAGGUUUCUCCAAACGCAAACGCGCAUUUUGGUGCCCGGACGCUCAGUUCAGCGGGAACCUUGCUGGCAGUUUUCUCACGAAAACUUGCGCGUCUUCCAGGUGGUUUUGCGAGAGCCCUCCUUCCCGGGGGGGGGGCGGGGAGUGUGCGGACGGGCCGUCCCGCGAUGAGAGCGCUUCUUCCGCUCGUGCUCUGUUGCGUCAGCCUGUGGUCCCCGCAGCAGCAGCGACUGCUGGCCGCGCCGCUCGGGCACGAGGAGAGCAGGAUGGGUUUUGUGAAAAGUCCCAGUGAGCUGGAAGAAGGUGAGAAUAUUACACCUGAAUCUACUUCUAGCCCCAUGGAUGCUCUUCCAGGUCCAUCGCUCAAAAACGCUAAUACCUUGAAGUGGAAACUCCGCCUCCUUGUAAGAACACCAAAGAGAAAGCUUGACGUGGAUUCCGGCAAUAGCGCCUCCCCUGCGCAGACGGAUGGUGAAAUGGAACACAAACGAAAGGCCUCAAGGGGGCGUCGUCAUGCCGGACUACGAAGUCACCACCAUCCCCAGCUGAUGCGAGUGGGCUGCGCCUUCGGUACCUGUCAAGUGCAGAAUCUCAGUCACCGCCUGUAUCAGCUGAUUGGCCAGAGUGGCCGGGAAGACACUUCCCCUAUAAAGCCAGACAGUCCACACAGUUACGGGUGAGAAGCC